AUGACACAAACUAGUAUAGGAGAAGAAAAGGUAGAACUCGACGAACCCCCAUCUGCAAUGGUUGAAGACGUUAAAGGUAUCUAUAUCGACCCUGAACAAUCGUCUUAUGAAGAAAUUGCUGGAAUCGUACCAAACAAAGAUGAUUCUCAAAUGCUCUGUUCAACAUUUCGAAGUUGGCUGAUUGGUAUAUCGUUAACUGUACUUGCAACAAUCGUCAGUCAAUAUUUUCGCCACGGAGAAAAAGUAUAUGAAAUACCGUCAGUUCUUUUAUGGCUUUUGGCUUUUCUAUUGGGGAAGAUACUGAUGAAGUGCUUACCCCAAAAAAACUUUCAAAUUAGGCGGUGGAAUCUGUCUCUGAAUUCAGAAAUAUUUACAAUCAAAGAACAUGUUGUUAUCUGCAUGAUGAUCCGAGUGGCAACCUCGUAUAUUUACACGAAUGAUAUUGUUGUUGUUCACCAAACAGAUUUUAAUCAAAAGACAAGCUAUGGUUUGGGACUGUUUUUUAUUAUUUCAUCUCAACUUAUGGGUUACGAAAUCGCCGAACUUGACUCCACGGGACUAAAAGACCUGUGGAGUCACAUGGAGUCUUAA